GGAGAGGGAGAGGGAGGACAGGAAACUUGUUUCUCAUUCCACUACUGCUGUCCGAAGGCAAACGGGCAAGGGAAGGCAGGGCUGGAGAGCUAAGAGGAGCCUCAUACAGCCUUUGCCUGGGUCCCUCUUCAUUGGUGUUUUUGGAGCUUUCAGUUUCUUCCACAAGUUCAGGGAAGAAAGAAGUUUAAAAAGAAGGGAGUUUUUCCUCUCAACAGUGGGCAGGACCUACUGACUUUCCAUCCUGUGGGUGGCUUUGGAGGGGCCCACUGAGGAGACGACACCCACCUCAGCCUUCGUCUGCCCUGACUCGCCAGCUCUGAUGUGGACACCAGUCUACCACCCACCACCCUCUGAUGAGAUCCCUUCCGGGCUUGGGCUAUGAUCACUGCUGCUGCCUGCUGGGGAGCCUCCUCUCGUCCUGAUCUUCCCCUGCCACACGAGCAACCCAACAUCUGGUGGGGAUUAAUGCACAUUUCUCUGGCCGGACGUCCUGCGAGACCCCCGAUGUCACCUCCCGGGAGCGGGAUACAGGCAGUGGUCUGAGGAGAAGCGUGAGCUGUGCCUGCGCUUGGUGUGAGGGGGGGAGGGGGGUUCGGCAGGAGGGGGGUGAGCCUCUUUUGGGACUAACUCAUGAAGAACAAGGGAGCGAAGCAGAAGCUCAAGAGGAAGGGAGUCGCGAGCGUGUUCGGCUGUGACCUGACGGAAUAUCUGGAGGGCUCUGGGCAGGAUGUCCCCUACGUGCUGAGGAGCUGUGCAGAGUUCAUUGAAACUCAUGGCAUUGUGGAUGGGAUCUACCGGCUCUCUGGCAUAACAUCCAACAUUCAGAAGCUGAGGCAAGAAUUUGUUUCUGACCAAUGCCCAGACCUCACAAGGGAAGUUUACCUCCAGGAUAUUCACUGUGUGGGGUCACUCUGCAAGCUGUACUUCAGGGAGCUGCCCAACCCCCUCCUCACUUAUGAACUCUACAAGAAAUUCACGGAGGCAGUAUCACGCUUCCCAGAAGACCAGCAACUGGCCCAAAUCCAAAAUGUCAUCCAGGAGCUCCCACCAUCACACUACAGGACACUGGAAUACCUGAUCAAGCACCUGACUCACCUGGCUUCCUUCAGCAACAUGACGAACAUGCACACCAGAAACCUGGCACUAGUGUGGGCUCCUAAUCUCCUCAGAUCAAAGGAGAUUGAGGCAAUAGGCUGCAACGGGGAUGCGGCCUUCCUGGAAGUGCGAGUCCAGCAGCUGGUGAUCGAGUUCAUCCUGAACCAUGUGGAUCAGAUCUUUAACAACAUAAAAGCCAGCUCCAUGGAGAAUGAUGAGAGCAUGCCAGUGGUGAAGAGUCUUACCCUCCCCUCAGCCUCCUUGCCCAUGAAACUGGUGAGCCUUGAAGAAGCUCAGGCCCGGAGUCUGUCAGCUUCCCACCCUGCCCGGAAGGAGAGAAGAGAGAACAGCUUGCCUGAGAUUGUCCCAGUUACUGGAUCCUUUUUCCAUACUGUCGUUGACUUACCCGACAGCAAGAGAAAAUUAUCCACCAAGUCCAAAAAAUGGAAGUCAAUAUUUAACCUGGGCCGGUCUGGGUCGGAAUCAAAACCUAAACUGAGCCGAAAUGGCAGUGUCUUUGUGAGAGCGCAGAAGCUGUCUGAGAAAGCAACAAUUCGACCUGCUAAAAGCAUGGACUCGCUGUGCUCCCUGCCUGUGGAAGGGGAGGAUGAGAAGAGCCGGUUCAAACGCACAGUGGCUGCUGGAGGAUUCUUCAUUCCAGUGAUGAAGGUGCGGACAGGGGGCACGGGAAGCUCAUACGACCUCAGCAAGGAGAAUGAGUGGAACCAUGAAGGGACCAUCACAGGAGCCAUGGGAGGUUCAGAGCACAGUGGGGACAAAGCCUCCCCCAGGACCUCUCAGGCUCGGCCGCCCCCCGAGCAGCUGAAGGUAUUCCGGGCUGCGGAGGACCCUGAGAAUGAGCAGACCUCCCCGAAGAUGUGCCGCAUGUUCUACACCUCAGAGGCGGCCGCCAAGUCAGGCUUCCCCAGCAACCUCUUCCCUCUGGAGGCCUCCCCUCGGCACCAAAGGAAAGCCCUGACCAUCUCAGAGCCCUUUGCUGUCUCUGUGCCCCUCCGGGUGUCUGCAGUCAUCAGCACCAACAGCACCCCAUGCCGCAUCCCUGCCAAGGACAAGCCAGUCCUUUCCAGCUUGGAAGAACUGUGUCCCUUGGGGGCAGAUGGCUCCACCCCCACUGCACAAGAAGAGGAAAGCCAUGCCAGGCCUGAGCAGGCCACAGGCAGGGAGGAGAAGGCACCUGGGGAUGAGACUGCAGCAGGUUCUUCCAUUGAGAAACUGUCAGCAGCCAGAAAGCCUGUACCUUUAGAAACCCCCAAACCAAUAGCAGAAAACCAGGAGCCAGUGGGUGGCAGGAACAACAGUGGCAUCAAGAAAAGCCCAGUACAUGAUGCCAACCUGGCUCAGGCAUCAGCAUCAGAGACCCCAGCAGGCCUGUGCCCAGCAGAGCAGUCCAUGCACAGCCAGGUCAGGAUGAAGGAAGGCCUAUCAGAAAGGGACAGCUGGCAGCAGGAGAUCUCAAGGGCUAAAGAGGUGGAGGCCUUGUUUCUCAGAGAACUGGCUGAAGAUGAUGCUGCCAAUGCCCUACUGGAACCCCUAUGGCCAGAGAUUCAACAGGAGCUCAAAAUUAUUGAGCCUGAAGAGGAGCUCUCGUCCUUCCCCACAGCGGCCCCAGAGGCAGGCCAACCCCAGCAAGUGUUAACACUCGGGAGUGAGUCUGCUGCCUCACCGCAAACAAAUAGUUUCUCCUGUGGCUCAGUGGUGGCCCCAGGCCUGUCCGAACUAGGAACUAUAGUCAGAACCUCAUGCAUCACAUCUCAAGGUCCGUUAUGUGGUGUCCCCUCCAAAGAUGGAUCCAGUGGCCUCCAGAGUUUUCAAUCUGAACAGGCUGCACAGCCUGACAGGGAUGCUGCCGUACCCAGGCCAGGCGCUGUGCCCUGUGGGACUGCUGCCCCAAACAACCACCCAAAAGUGGAGGGCCUCGCAAGUGCUCUUCAUGCCCCUCCCCAAGACUUGAAGCUUCAUGGAGAGCAAGGGCUUGAGGAGGUUCUUUCCAGAGAUGAACUCUCUGGCCCUAAAGGGGCCUGUUUGGACUCAGAGAAGAGAAAAGGCAGCAGUAGCCUGCCACUGAGGGAAAAGGGUGGCAUCCCUAUAGGACAGGACAGAGCCCAGGCCAAAAGGGAGAAGGUUGGCAAAAUGGCUUCAGGUGUAGGCAGUGUGUUCCUGUCAAAGAUGCAAAAUGGAGUCAGAGUCCCACAUCCCUUAGAGGACAAUGUAGCCAACAAAGCCCAAGAGACAUUUGACCAAGAGGAAGAGGAGGCAUGGACAGACAACGUGCAGGGCUUGGAGCUGGUAGAGCCUUGGGAGGAUCACCAGUGGGUGACCAGCCCACUCCACUCCCCCACUUUCAAGGACAUCCAAGAAAAGGGGAUGCCAGACUUUCAGCCGCCAAGUCACGGAGCAGAGGGGAGCCUUGCCACUCGGCCACGAUUCAGCCGUAGCCUUUCCCUGGAUAGUAAAGACACGGUGAUGAGUCUGUGGAUUGUCCAGCCACCUUCCACAAAUGCAGCUGAAAAGCCCCCCUGUGACAAUCUUUUACUCAGGGCUGGGAAGGUGUCAGUCUCACCGUGUGGCCCAAGCAAAGUCGAGCAAGAUGAGAGCUAUCUGAGUCCUCCAGAGGCACUGCCUGCCAGGCUGGAGGGACAGGUUAUGGUCUCUCUUUCAGAGCCAGAGCAGAAAGAAGUGCAUAGGAGCAAAGCUAACCCUCUGGGCUUGAAGCCAGAGCUGUCUUUGUCACACCAUAAUAACCCAGACAAUUCCUUACAGCCAAAGAACACAGAUGAAGACCCACCCAAGCUUCAAGAGGUCAUGCUCAGUGAAGCGUCCCUGCCCAAAGGACUGUGUUCUGCCAGUGAGUCACAGCUAGGUAGCAACAAAAGUGAAGACACUCCCCGUAAAAUGAGAACCAGGCCGUCAUCUCUCAACCUGGAUUCUUUCCUUUCAGCCCCAGAUUUCUUCAAGUUUGAGGGCCUGGUCAUGCCCACUUCACCUGGAAACAUCCUGUGUGGGCAGAAGGAAAUGAAGGGCAGUGAUUCUGUCCCAUCGCUGCCUGUUGCUUGGCCUGCUGGGAACACAGCUGACUACUGGGGAUCUCGCUUUGAGGCUUGCAGAGACCUAGACCUAGAUUACAUGACUGUGACCCAUGCCACCACAGGCCGCCGUAACUCUGCCCCUGUGAGUGUGUCAGCGGUGAGGACCUCCUUUAUGGUCAAGAUGUGCCAGGCCAGAGCAGUGCCGGUGAUACCGCCCAAGAUUCAGUAUACACAGAUCCCACAGCCAUUGCAGCCUCAGAAGGCUGAUGAGGAUGCCUCUCCAGCACCAGAGAAGAAGGAAACAGAAGCAAGUUCAGCCACUAAGCAGACUCACAGGGCAGCUUGGAGUCACCCUGAGCCUCCAAAGAGCCCACGGGCAGAGAAGAAAGCCAAAGAGGAGAAAGAAAACAGUACCCCCACUGAAAUGGAUUCAACCCCUUCCAGCCAGAGUGGCCUCAACCCUCCUCCAGACCUGUCUCACUCUAAUAAUACUUCCAGCCAGGAUGCCCCUGUGCUGCGUCGGAAGCGCACCUCAGAGGGGGAGACCUCUGCGGACAACCCCCAGUCCUCAAAAAUGGAGAGGCCGUCAGGAUUCUCCAAGCCUUCCUACAGAUCCAGGCCGGGAAGGCCACAGAGCCUUAUUCUCUUCAGCCCCCCUUUCCCCAUCAUGGACCACCCCUCUUCCUCCACAGACUCCAGGGUGUUGUUAUCACCCAUAAGAAGCCCCUCUCAGACCACCUCUCCCACCCCCAUUUGUGGCGAUCUGUCUGGGACUCCGCAGACAACGCCUGAGGGGGUCACUCUGAGGAACAAAAUGACCAUCCCCAAGAAUGGCCAAAGACUGGAGACCUCCACCAGCUGCUUUUAUCAGCCCCAGAGGAGGUCAGUGAUUCUAGAUGGGAGAAGUGGGAGGCAGAUUGAAUAAAGGCAUUUCCCCUCCUCUCCUCUUCCCUGGUGGAUGAGACAGGAGCAUCUAUUUGUUGCUGUUGUUAUUGUUAUAAAUAUUCUAUGCAAGGAGGACACAAAUCCCCCCACCCUUUUUUGUCUCCUAUAGAGCAUUUUGCUACUGAGGUUCAUGUUCUCUCUGUCUUCCUUUUGCUUCUGGCCCUCCCCACUUCUCCCGACCCCAUAUUAUCUGCUUUAUCCCAAGGAAUUUGUCUUUCCUCUGUCUUAUUUUCUAACAUGGACUGUCUGAAAACCUUGCCCUCUGUCUGGAAAAAAACUUGCUGUGUUCCAGUGGACUUGAGGACAAGGAGGUAAGAUCCAGCAGGGACAUCCUUUUCCCUUCCUAAUGAAGGACCAAUUGCACAUCCAGCUUUGCUGACCUGUUCUGGGUGGGAUGGGACAAGAUAAUCCUUGAGAUCCCUCUCAACGCUAUGAGUCUCUAGGCAAACUGCAGAGGAAGCUGGUGGUACCUGAAGGUAGGAAGGCAAAACUCACUUGUGAAGAUCAUGUUGGAUGUGAGUUACUCCAGAGAGCCCUCGUGUACCAAUACUCCACAUGGAAGGCACUGCCUCUAGCUGUAGUCUUGCAAGAUAGAUGUACACCCCCACCAGAACAGACAAAGGCUGGAAGGAAUGUAGCUGGAUAGGAGAAGUCCAACUUCCCUUUUAACCUACUGAUCUGUGCAUGCCUGGUUGUAUCACAGAUAAUACCACCUGUGGUAAAAUUUGGUUGGAGGUUGCUUGUGGCUGGUUCUCUGGUUACAGGGUGGUGGUGGCUACUCUGGCUGAUGGUGGUAGAAGUGACAUUUUGGGUCAAAAGGAAAACCAGGAUCAACUUUUUGUUAUCCUGUAAGGCCAGUUUAUGAGCCCACAAUUCUCCCCAGCCACUAGUUCACCUGUAGCCAUCUUGUCCACCUCCAGUUGCAUAGCAACCCACCUGCUUGACAAAUAUGAGAGCAUCUAACCAGCAUGUCCUUGGUCUUGGCCUACCCAUCUCCUGAUUUGUGCUUAUCCAGCUGGUGGCCUCCCACUUCUGCCAAGUGGCAUGACUUGGGCCAUUGGCUUCUUGCUCCUUCCAUCUUUCACAAGACUGUAGCUCAGCUCUACUGACUGCCUGCCUUACUCCCACUUACCUGGCCAACAGGCAUCUUCAGACCAGCGAGGAACAAUGCAAAAAGGAUGAUUUGCAGGUGCACAGAGCAGACCAUAAACCAUAUCCUGAGUGGAAAGGAAGGGGAAUUCCGUUUUAAUUAAGCUCAUGCCUGGGAAGGCUGUUAUCAUUGCUAGCAACUAUGUAUUCAUAUAGAGAAAAGCUGCCAGUGGCUUCCAUUAUAAACCUUCUAACUCUAAAUUAACCACAGACUCAGCUGUUGAUUAGUGUAUGACUGUAGACUGUUGUAUAGCCCCAUGCAGUCCAUGGUGUCUCUGUAUUUGAAGACCACUAGUGAUACUGUAGCACAGAGACACAUACCAGUGCUACCACCAACAUGACAUGGUCCUAGCAAUUACAUCUGUAGAGCUCAGAAUCUACCUGAUACUUAGCAUGUGCUGCAGUUUGAAUAGGAACUAAGCAGCUAGAAGGGCAGGACUAGGAUUCCCACUACAAGCGAUGAUCAGGAGAAAUCUCCAGUUGGCUGUGGGCUUGGACUCACAACACGUUUACACUGGUGUAAUCGGUUUGGAUGCUGGUGUGACAAAAGUAGAGCAAACACUUAACGUAGAGCUCUAUACCAGUAAUUCACUUAAGCCUGGUGUAGAAUUAUCCUGAAAAUAAUUACAGGUAGGACUACAUCAUAGUACUUUGUGUGUCCACACCUUAUUCCAGAAGAGCAGUUUGCUCCAGGCAAGCCAUAUACAGCUAUUCUGGGAGAGUAAUAUCUGUCAGCCCUGGAUCCAGGUGUAGUUUACAUUGAUGUAAAAAACUGAGGUAAGUUACACUGGCACAAACGUGUAAUCACUAGAUCCUGUGUUUAGAUUUUUAUUUAAAGGAAUGUCCAUUGUUGGUGUUUCAACUGUAGCUGUUGCUGGUUAGCAGGUGAGGUCUGUGCAAGAAAUUGCCACUUACUUGGUAUUAUCAGGACUCUAAGCUCUAGAUUCAUGAAGGUAUUUAGAGAGCUAACUAACUCCCACUAAUUUCAAAGGGCAGGUAUGAAAGAUUAUGUAAAUCAAGGCAGAGGAGAACUAGUUCUAGAUGCCAAAUUAGCCUAGAAAAAACCUAGAAACUUGCUUAGAUUUAUGUUCCUCUGUUGACCUCAGCAGCUGUUUAACAUAAGAAAGCAGUGCAGCAGCCUGCCUUGAGCAUGGGACUCCCCCCUGACCAUGAUUGCAUCUUGUACCUUGACUAUCUGCAGUCUCCCAAAGCAAGCAGCAAAGCUUGUCUCUUCAACUUUCUUUUAACAUAAUUCUGCUGUUUGUUUAAUUUGCCUGGGAGCCAAGGGCCCUCAUCCAGCUCUUUGUGAGAGGCCUGGAUUCUUAGUCAUGGUCAUACAGUGAAAGGGAAGUGGUGAGGCUUGGGUAGGCACAGCAUUUAACAGUUUACUGCAAAACUUUUUUGCAAACAUAAUGUGAAUAUAAAUGGUUCUAAAGUGUUUCAGUUUCAAUGAGCAGAUGUUGCAGUGUGUGUGAGAAACUGUGAAGGGAGAGUAGGAAUAGAUAAAUGAGUUUCAAAAAGUGAAAUGUCAAAAAGACACUGAAGUGAUGAAAGGUUGACUCCUGAAAUGCUCUAAUUUUUUGAUAUAAUGAAAUCUCUGAGACUAAAAACUGAAGGAAGGGUAGUAUGUAUAAUAUAUAUAAUCUUAACGGGGUCCCUUUAAAAUAAUUAUAUCUAUUUUGCAGCUUGGACCCCUAUUUACUUAAAAUUUCUGUUCUGAACUUUAGAUGAUGCACCCAGCAAGAUGCCCUGCAUAUAGGGACAUCUCUUGUAGAACAACAGAAAUUGCCCUGUUUAUCAUCAUAAAGUUGGGCUUGGGACCUCAAGUUUUGCAAAAGUGGGAGUAUUUGGAUCAAGUGUUCCAGCUCAGCUCCCUGGAGAUGUGGGCCCCAAGGUACCAGGUUCAGCUCUGGAGACAAACUUCUCCAGAGUUCACGGCACUUGAAAGUGAGAUUCAGUGUCAAACCUGUUUCUGCUAUAGUUAGUUAUGUGCAGUCAGUAGAACCACAUUUAUGCUAGAGCCAUACUGUUCUAAUUGAAUUAUGGCAAGCUGCAAUGAUGCAGUGUAUUCAUACCAGCCACCCCUUUUUUGGUGCACUUCUGCCCCAUCUCCGUAUACAACAUAUCCUGCACACAUAGCAGCAGUGCACUGGGGAUAUCAAAUCCAUGGUUUCAAGCAUGGCUCUUCAAAUCUGGGGAUUGUGGGAGUUUCUGCAAGGUACUGUAACAGAAUAGAUAUAUGAGAGAUGGACUUACUGCCUAUUCUUAAUGCUUGGAAAUGGCUUUCCAAGAUCUUAGGGUUGGAUCUAAACACUUGCAGACCACAUGACUGCAAAAACUACUCAGAGUUUGAAAUGAGUAUAGUUCUCACCCUCCUGAGAAGAGUUUUAGGAUCUUUUCUAGGGUUUGCAGACCUGAUGUUCUCAGUCCUGACAUAGUAGGGCAAACCUCUGUUGCUUAUAAGAUCUAGAAGCAUAACCCAGAGAAGUAACUUAGAUGCAUGCAAAUCCUAUUAAAUACAGGGGUGUUGACAUGAGAAAUUACUUAGCUGGAUGAAGAAAUUCUUGGCAGGUAUAGGAAACCUCUGGCUGGAUGGGUGGGGUGCUUGUGUGAGACACCUAUCUGAUGGGUAGGGGUGUUGUUGGGUAUAGGAGACACCUGGUAGGAUGGGAAGGGUGCUGGUGAAUGUGGAACUAGAGGGUGUUGUCAUUGCUGAAAAUAAUUAGGGAGCAGGACUAUAUGUUACACUAGCAAAUAUGUUGACAUAGACUAUCUAUCCCACUUGAUCACUGAGCAAGGAGUAAAGUGCUUUUCUGAGGCAGCAGUUCAGCACAGGAAGGCUUCACAGGAGCUUAGAUCUGCAAGACACAAUAUCAGCAAAGCCUGCAAUGAUUCCCUUCAGCCAGAAUCCAGAAGGGGCAAUCAAAAGCUUUCAAUCUUUCCUCUCUUUGGUUAUUAAAAUGCCAGU